GCCGAUACUCCCUCGAAUGCAAAGUCCCCGCAUCCGAAGCACCAGUGUCACCGGAGCUUCGAAGUCGUCCCCACGGCGGGUUCGCGCCACGCUGGGUUGAAGAAGUCGAUUACAGUCAAAUACCCGACGACGCUCCGAAACCAUGGCGCAACAGGCUUCGCAACCGUCGCAGCCGUCGCAACCGUCCCAUCCUACUUUCAUCGACCUCCCCCCGCCGCCCCUGAACUCCGACACGCCAUCAGAGGCACCCGGCACCCCAACGAGCACGACCACCUCUCUCUCGGCGCUAUCUACCACCGCCAUCAAAGACGGCCAGCGUGGCACCCUGCAUCACCGCGGUCAUCACCACAGUCCUUCGGCCAACAGCCUCGAGGCCGAACGUGCCGACCGAAUCAGCCGUCUCACCGGCCUGUCCGGCGUCGCAGCACUCCGUGGUCCGCCCGCAGCAGGGCUUAACCAACAAAACCCCAGCUUCCUCCAGACUGGCGCCGUCUCCACCGGCUUCCCCGGCAACCCAGCCGCUGCUGCUGGCGCGGGAGGGCUUGCUCCAGCCUACUUCGAUGCGGCUGGCCAGCCCGUCGCGGCCACGAAGGUGAGCACUGUCGGCUCAGCGAGCGCAACCGAGAGCGUUGGCGGACGAACGAGCACCACGACCGAGGUCGGCGGGGACCAGUCCACGCUGGGCGAGGACCGGGACGAGGACAUGCUGACCGAGAUGGACUCGGCCAGCGCGAGCGGCUACAUGGGCGCCGACACCAUGGACGAGGACCUGGACAACCUCGCCUCGCAGAGCGUCGGCGGCUUCGAGGAUCGCAUGUCGGACGACGGCAGCGCGAGCCUCGUCGGCUUCGGCGAGGGCGCCGGGAGCACCCUCUCCGGGCCCAUCUACCACCGCCGGCCACUGCCCGCGUCUGGUGCCGCGGCUACCGCUGCGUCUGCGGCCUGGGGUCUCGAGCGAAGCAGCUCGGGACUCAGCGAGGGCGGGCCAGCCGCGGCGUCGCCCCACUCGCCCCAUCAUCCUCCUCCCCAACCGCAUCCGCACCACCUCGCCCACCACCACAGCAGCAGCUCGAGCAGUCGCCGAGACCUCACCACCGCCGCCGCCGCCGCAACAGCACGUCCCCCCGAGCGCGAAACAUUCAACAGCGACACCCCCGCGAGCCCAUCCGCCGCGCGCGAGAGGCGCGAGGCGCGCAUGAUGGACGGCGUGGCGCUGGACGCCACGACAUUAGCGGGCGGCGCCGGGGCGUCAGACGACGACGACGUCUUCAUAGACACGACCACGCGAGGGCCCGUGCCGGUGGCCGUGCCAGCGCAGCAUCAGCAGCAGCAGCAGCAGCCUGCCACCCCCGGCACCACCACCGCCGCGACGAGCACGAGUCCCGUCCGCCAGAGACAGCCACAUCGACGGCAACAGCAGCGGCAACAGCACCCGCGGCGCCGUCGGCCGGCGCAUUCGCAGCAUGAGGGGCCCUCCCCGCCGCCUCUGCCCCCGUCAGCGCCGCAGAGUCCGGACGAGGGCGAGGCGCGGGGCGGAGGAUCCCCUAUGAGGGGAAGUUCCAAGGGCGGCCGCAGCGGAGGUGGCGGCGGCGGCGGCCGGGAGCAGCUGGGGAGGGUUGAUUUCGAGGACCGGUAACGGCUGGCCUGUCCCCGGUUUAUUUGCCCCGACCUUGUUUUACAUUUCACGAGUUUGGGCUUGCGCCCCCUUUUCACCUACCCCAUUUUA